UGUCUCUGAUUUGCCGACUUUGAGCGAGACGGAGCGAGCGAACUGUCAAAUUUUGAAAUUCAAAAAAUCUGAUGAAAUUCACGACACAAACGGGAGCCUUUAAAUUAAUUUGUAUUGUACUUUUUCAAUAUAACUGUGUCUGUGGCAUAAUGGUUUGAUAUAAAUAAUAAGUGCUAGUGAAGCCUAAUGUUAGUGUAAGUUCAACUGCCUAAAACUAAACGAAACAAAUAUACACCAUGGAAGAACCUACUUUACGUUAUGAGAAAAUCGACUUCCUUGGAGAAGGACAGUUCGCCACGGUAUACAAAGCCAGGGACGUCAAAACUGAUAAAAUUGUGGCUGUAAAAAAGAUCAAAAUAGGUUCCCGUCUAGAAGCCCAAGAUGGCAUCAAUCGGACAGCUCUGAGAGAAAUAAAGCUGUUGCAGGAGUUACAGCAUAUCAAUCUCAUUGGAUUAUUAGAUGUAUUUGGACAGAAAUCAAAUGUGUCACUUGUUUUUGAUUUCAUGGACACAGACUUAGAGAUAAUUGUUAAGGACAGCAACAUUGUACUCACUCCAGCUAAUGUUAAGGCUUAUAUGAUUAUGACUUUAAAAGGUUUGGAAUACUUACAUCAAAAUUGGAUAUUGCACAGAGAUUUAAAGCCCAAUAAUUUGCUUAUAAACCGAGAGGGUAUUCUUAAGAUUGGUGAUUUUGGACUUGCAAAGGCUUUUGGAUCUCCUACUAGAAUUAACACACAUCAAGUGGUGACCAGAUGGUAUAGGUCACCAGAAUUAUUGUUUGGUGCGAGACAAUAUGGCACAGGUGUUGAUAUGUGGGCAAUAGGCUGUAUACUGGCCGAACUUCUUCUAAGAGUACCAUUUUUACCUGGAGAAUCAGAUUUGGACCAAUUGUCACGUAUCUUCCAAGUAUUUGGCACACCAAGUGAAGAGACUUGGCCAGGUAUGAAGAACUUGACGGACUAUGUACAGUUCAAACACUUCCCGCCACAGCAGUUGCGGCACAUAUUCAGUGCUGCGUCUGAUGAUCUGAUACAACUGAUGGAGAGCCUCCUGGCACUCUACCCGCCCAGUCGGUGCGACUGCACGCAAGCGUUGCAGAUGCCCUACUUUAGUAACAAACCAGCUCCUUCAGUGGGCUCCAAGCUCCCAAUGCCUUCAAACAUAAGCAAAAUAGAGUCUGAAAAACCCUCACUCAAGAGAAAGCUAUUGGAAAACAUUGAUGGUGGCUCCCUAGCUAAGAGGCUACAGUUUUGACUAAAAAACAAUUUAAGACAUUCUUAAGUACUGCUGGAUUUAGUACAAUGAAGAAAGUGCAAUUUACUGAUGCUUUAUGCAAGUUAUAAUAUUGACAUGGACAUAUAAAUAAGAGGUAAACAUGCAUGCAAAAUGUAAUGCACAUUAAUAAUUAUAAUAUGUUGUGCAAUGUUACUAGGUGGAAUUACGCCAUCUUUGUAUACUUAAUAAUACUACAGGGUUGCACGUGAUUAGCAACACCCAUACAAAUAAAACUUUGAAAGUAUUAAGACAACUUGAUAAUGUAUAAUGAUAAUGUUGUUCCCAUAUGAUUGUAAAGACAGACUUGACAUACUAAACUGACCCAACUAAAUGACAGAACUGAACUACAAAGACUUGUACUGUGACUUGUGCUGUAUAAUAAACUUUUGUAUUGAUAAGAGAAAAUAUAGAUUUGAUAUUAAAAUA